AUGAUUUCCAACCAUAGUAGGGGGGUCGGAACUUGGAAUCAGUCCCCUCGCGCACCUCCAUCGCGAUAUUAUGCCGGAAAGCAAAACCUACGUGACUCUAUUGACGAUCCGCCGUCUCCACUACUUUCAGGAGGCUCUUCAGACACUGCUUACAGCGAUGAGAGGUCGAUCUACAAUGCCAUCAGAGUCACGACUUCGAAUGAAGAGCCCCGGAGCUAUGGCCGUGCCCGUAUGCAAGCCGUCAUGGAGGAGGGAAUGGCAGCCAACAUGGCCAUGUUUGUGCCAGAAGGCUCCAGCGACGACUGGUCACCAAACCAGCCUCCAUCAAGGAGUCCGAAGAUUGAUAGGUACAAGCAAAUACUAUCCGACCAAAUACAACAACACCAGCAUCGCAAGACUAUGUCACUCGACACAACUCACAAGAAUGGUCAAACUCCGCACUGGUUAGGAAACACCAUCCCUGCAAUAAUCACCGCUCAACCGCCAUUUCCACCGCCAGUGAGAAUGCCGACUCCUCCAGGACUUCCUUCGUUCAAUACUCCCGAAGCUAUGGAAUACUCUGCUCAAUUUCUGGCGAGUCCUUCUACAGUGUCUCCAUCACAGCGAGAAUUCUACAAUGGUCAACGUACAGGAUCAUACAGCGGUACAUUUAGAAGACUACUCGGCUUGUCGCCCUCAACUGGACCCGAGCCAUCUCCACUAUCUGUCACUGGCAUUGGUCGUGCUGAAGAUGGAACCGUUGUCCAAGGCCGAUUUCCAUAUCGACAAAGUGGUCAUGGGAUGAACUUGGCCCGAGAAAUUGAUGACCACCCGUUCCAUCGGAACUCGCUUCCCGCUGCUCAGUUCGAUACCGAAGGCAUGAGAGGCGAGGUGGCAAACGCAAAAGACCCUCAGAACAGUCACCAGAGACGCUCUACUGGAUUUGUUUUCCCUUCACCCGAUCGGCCAUCGUUCUUCUCGGGGCAGCGUGCGUAUACUUACAAACCACGUACACGAAGCCAAUCUCGAGCCUCAUCCAGAGCCCUCGCCCUACUUGGUAUCUCUCAACGUACGACACCACGAUCUGCCUCAACAGCCCCGUUACAAUCAUCAGUUCAAGCUGUAGGUUUGACAUCGUAUUCACAACAGCAACCCGCUCAAGCUCAAGACCCGGAUACCAACUUGAGAGAGGUGAAUGAUACAAAGCCUGUCCAUGGCUUUUUCAAAUGGCUGUCGCACGUUCUCUGCUGCGGCAGUGGGGUCCAGGAUGACAAUUCCGCUGAUGAAAGUACUGUGGUGAGCCCAACUUCUCUGGAGGCCUCUGAGUGUACUUCCGGCUCGACUUGGGGAACGGCUCGAGAGGAGACUCAUACUUGGGCGUCUACAUGUUCCUCUUUACUUCAAUUGCUUAAGUCCAUUUGGCCCAGUUCUGCAAAUGCCACUUGUCAGACAAAUUGA